AUGCUUCAGUACAUUCAUCGCCAAUCCCAUGGAAAGCUCAAGAUCCCUUCUCAGAAGGGAGUUCAUGAGCGCAUUCUGGAGAUGGAAACGGAGAUGGUUGAUGGUUUCCAGGCAAUGUUUAAGGAGAACACAUCAAACUUUGCCAUCUCGCUUGAUGCUUGGACAUCGAGUAAUGGGCAUGCCUUCAUGGCAAUUGUGAUACACUAUAUCAGCAAUACCAGAAAGCUAGAAGAAUGCCUGAUCGACUUUCGUGAGCUCAUCGAGGGCAUUGACUUCGAUGAGAAGAAUGCCCGUAUGCGCUGCCUUCCUCACACCAUCCAUCUCGCAGCAUUAAAACUUCUUGAGUCCGUUGGGGCUCUAACGAAGGAGGAGGCUGCCAGGGCCAACUCACAAUCCUCUCCAUACCAGGAUGCUGCCACCGAGGACAUCAGUAGCUCUCAAGAUGACCUAGCAGUUGAUCAUGAGGAUGAGCCUGAGGAUUGGACUGAAGAUGUUACCCCUAAUUCUGGUGUUAUUGGUCGAGCUGUAUUCAAGCUUCGCAAAAUUGUUCAUUUUGUUUGGAGCAGCCCGCAGCAGCGGCAGAAGUUCCGCCAAGAGGUGCUCAAGUCAAUGAACAAAGGAGAAACCCUUCCGGGUAUUGCCACAAUGCUCAUCCUUGAUGUUCGCACUCAAUGGUCAUCAACCCACCAGAUGCUCUGCUGUGCACUUGGUUUCAAGGAUCCUAUCGACAACUAUACCGCUUGUAGUCUCCGCGAACAUGAGCUCAAUGAACAAGAGUGGGAAGCCCUCAAGCAUGUGAUGGACUGGCUACGGAGUUUUCGAGAGGCAACAAUGCAAAUGUCUGCUACAAAACAUUCCAUGCUUUCGACAACGCACGCUGUCUUCCGGGGCCUUCAAGACGACAUCAAGAACAUCCUCAUCAAGCUUCCCAACGACCUUGACCCCACCUUGAAGAAUGGCUUGGUAGAAGCUCAUCGCAAGUUGAGUGACUAUUUCGCAAAGUUUGAUAAGUCAAAUUAUUAUCAUUGGGCUGCUCUUCUUGAUCCCUGCAUCUCCUACACCAUGCUGCUUGAUGACUACAAAGACGACCCAGACCUUCACGGUGCUCUUGAGUUAGCUAAAGCCAGUCUCGAGUCACAUUUUGAAACCUUCUACAACACUCCAGCAUCCUCCCAGUCAAUGAUCUCAAGCAGUACCUCACAAGACAGCCAGCGCUCUCCCCACAAGAACUUUGCCUCCCGUUAUACCCAGAAAAGAAGCUCAGCGACAGCGGAGAGAAAUGAGCUCUGGGAGUACUUCAGGCAGACAGCCGAGCCAGCCAAUUUUGAGAAGACAGACCCUCUCAAGUGGUGGAAUGUGCGUCGAGAAUCAUUCCCAAACCUCUAUCGCCUCACUCGUGAUGUUCUUUGCAUCCCAGGGUCUGCAGUUGCUGUCGAACGUGUGUUCUCAGGUGGAAGAGAUGUUAUUGGGAUUCAGCGAGCAAGUUUGCAUGCACAGACCAUUAGGAGUCUGAUGCUUGUCAAAGCGCAGCUCCGUCUUCAGCACAAGGCAAUUCUAGACAUCGUUGGUGACCUCUAA